UCAUCUUAUCACUCAUGGUUGGGUUGGAGUCUCUCCCUUCUGUGGCUUCCUGUAAUAAGCCAGGACACUCGAACACUCCAACCUGCACAGAUACUCUCAUUUCUUAUUAUUCCUCAUCCAGAGGAGCUUUCAUACCUGCCCUCUUCAUCUUGACCUUUCCUUCUGGAUUCUUUGACCUGUGGCUCCAGCCACACACACCCGAUCUUCCAAUGCAGAGACAUUAUCCCUCUCCAAGGCGGUUUUUGUGUGAGUUCAGGGGUGAGGGGCCUUGAAACCUCUUUUGUUCAGCUCCAUGGCUGAAAGAAAACACAAGUUCAUUUCCAAACUCCUCCUCUCCCUCUCUCCUCUACUUCUCCAUCUCUGUCUCCUCACACCUGCAUGUGUCUGUGGUCCUGCCCGGGCCCCGCUUCUCGCUGGUCAAUCAUUCCUGGUUCUGUGGGGGGUUCCAGAUAAAGACUGUUUAGGUCGGCCAGACCCAGCAGCAUUUGGGAUGGAGUGGGAGGGCCGUGUGGCAAUUUUUUAUGAGAAUACACUAGGACUCUACCCAUACUUCACUGCUCAGGAUCGUCCUGUCAAUGGUGGCCUGCCGCAACACACCAGCCUUAACCUGCACCUCCAGAAGGUGGAGGGGGAUCUGACAGCCACACUACCCCAGGCAGGAGCACCUGGGCUGGGGGUGCUACGCUGGGAGGAGUGGGCACCUCAGUGGAGCAGAAACAGGGGGGAUAAAGCAAAGUACCUUAUGGAGUCAAAGGCAUUUCUCAGAGGAUUUUUUCCUGACUGGAGUGCAGAGGAGGUGGAGAAAUGGGCUCAGGUUGACUUUGAAGCAGCAUCACAGUCCAUACUGAUGGAGACCCUGCGAGAGAUGAAGAGACUCCGCCCACGGAGAUUAUGGGGCAUGGCCCCAUAUCCUAACUGCUAUAACUUUGACUCCACCCAGAUAGCAUUAGCCAAUUACACAGGGAGAUGCCCUGCAGUGGAAAUGGCCCUUAACGAUGAGCUGAUGUGGCUGUGGAAGCAUAGUGGUGCCCUUUACCCAAUUCUCUCACUGGAGAAGCUGCCAGAAGGAACCAAAGGGUCAUGGCUUUAUGCAACCAAUCAGAUCAGAGAAGCAUUACGAGUGGCGGCUCUUGCAGGCACUACCUGUGAUCUUCCAGUGUUUCCAUUGAUAAAGAUUGUGUAUGCCUCAACUAAUGCCUUUCUCUCAGAGAUUGACCUGGUGAAUACUAUUGGAGAGAGUGCUGCUAUGGGUGCAUCUGGAGUUAUUAUAUGGGAAAAAACUAUAGCAGUUAAAACACAGAAAUCCUGCUCAGAGUUUGGCUCGUAUGUCCGUGAGGUGCUCGGCCCUUACACUGUCAAUGUGACCACCGCAGCACGUCUCUGUGGAGUUUCACUGUGUCAGGGGCGUGGACGUUGUGUGCGCAAGAAACCAGAGGACCCCACCUACCUGCAUCUUCCAUUAGGCCACUUCCUGCUCCUCCCAAAUGGGGGAGAAGGUGUCCGGGCCACGGGAGAGCUUCCCGCUGCUUAUGUAGACAUGUGGAAUAAGGACUUUCGGUGCCAGUGGUUUGAGGCGUUGGAGGAUGCAGCUGCAGAUCAAGACUCUGGUGGCGUGGUGGAAAAUCUGAGGAAAAUAAUAUCACCUACGGUAAAGACAGUUGUCGGUAUAAGCCAGAGUGAGAGUACAGUAGUUCCAGUGGUGCCAGUUAAAGUGGUGCCUACCAAGAUGGACAGUGGAAGCGCUGCACUUACUAAACCUGUUAUCCCUAUUUCCAUGCUGGUUCUCAUCAACUUCAUUAUGUUUGACAUGUCGGGAGCAGGAGUAUGAUAGGACAUUUUGUUUUAUAUGUUUUUUUUUUUUUUUUAUUAUAAAAACCCAAAGGAAUAUCUUUGUCAUUAGGAGAACUUUUCUCAAAGAAUCAGGCAACCUCAGAGACAGUCUGAACAUGACUGAAUGAACUGAAUCAAGAUCUUGACCAGAACUUGAACAUGUACAGCACAACUCAGAUGCACUGUUUUUAAUCAAAAUUGUUGUUUGAUUUUCAAAGCCAAAUUAAUUAGCUACUUUCUGAGGUCUUGUAUAAAACAAAUAGGCCCAGUCAAAACACUGACUAGCUAAGUGCUGAAUAUGUUUUUUUUUUUUUUCUGAUAAAGCACAAGAUUAUGUUUUUCUGUUUCAACCAAAAGUCUUAAAAGGGUCAUGACAUGAGAAAUAACAUUUUCCUUGAUCUUCUGACAUAUAAGAGGUCAUUGUACUAUAAAGACAUAUUGAACUCAAAACUUAACACAAACUUGUUGAAACCAAGCUGCCAAAAUGACUCGUUCACUACUUCCUCCACAUUGUGAUGUCACACUGUGGUAGACAUUUGCAUCUGACUGCCUCCACAACACCACAUCAAGGCCUACUUUACCUUUAAUCACUAUGUGAGUGAGCAGUGAGAGGGCAAGGAGAGAGCAGGUCAGUCAAGAGCAGAGCCAGUCAUAACAGUGGGCAUUUCCUGUCAAGUCUUAAAGGAGAAGCAGCACCAAAACCAAGCGUUUCUGACAGGAUCAGCACGAGGGUGGAAAAUUAUGUUUUACAAAUAUAUGACUGAAUGUAUGAAUAUAAGUGAACCUCAAGGAACAUAUUAAAAUAAUAAUAAUAAUACAAAUGCAUGUCAAGACCCUCUAACACUUAAAGAUGUAAUACAGUAAUACUGUCUGUAUCAAGAACACAGAUCACAAUCUAUCAUUUAUUUAAUCAUGUGAAGCUAGCAUAUGGCAGGA